AUGGGACAACAAUUCGACACGAUCGGUGAGAGUUCAGGCGCAGGACCGAAGGCUUUACAUGCUCUGAGCUCUCCGAGACACGGGAGUGAAACACCCGCCAACUUUCCAACUCCGGACUGUUACUCAAACCGAGACUCGGACUCAGGACCUCUGGAUUUGCAGCCGUACAUGCUAACUACUAGACCAUCGAGGCAGUUAAUUAAACGAAGAUAUAUCGAUGCCAUCUUCAAAGAGUUAUUAAAGAUCAGACGAAAUCCUAUGGCGAAAUAUUUAAUUGGACUUGAGAAAUCCAUGUUGCCAAAUAUUAUGCAAAAAAAUAUA